AUGAAUAUGGAUGAAAGGUUUGCUGAGAUGGCUCUUACCAUCCAACAACUCGCACAGGCAGUGGGUAGAAUUGAGAUGAACCAACGAGAAGGGGUAGUACCUGCACCCAAUCGCGAAAGAAACCCAGAGGAUAAGACACUUAGGCUAGAUGUUUCUGAUUUUGGGGGAACAACACAUAACCCUGAAGAUUACUUGGAAUGGGAGGCUGGAUUGGAGAGAUACUUUGAAUUCAAAGAAACCUCUAAGGAACAGCAGUACAAGUUAGCCAAAAUCAAAUUAACAAAGCUAGCUGCCAUAUGGCUCGAGGGAAUUCAGAAGCAAAAAAGGAGGGAGAACAGGGAGAGGAUAAACACAUGGGCUAAGUUGAAGAAACACCUCCGGAAGAAGUAUGUACCCUCCUCAUAUAGGCAGCAUCUGUUUGUGAAAUGGAGUAAUCUGAGGCAAGGAAAUAAAACAGUAGCUGAUUACAUUCAAGAGUGA